AUGCUGUUCAUUUUACAUUUGUUUGUUCAUCUGCCUGAAUUGUCUACAAAAGAAGGACUACAUCUGCCUGAAUUGUCUACAAAAGAAGGACUACACCUGCCUGAAUUGUCUACAAAAGAAGGACUACACCUGCCUGAAUUGUCUACAAAAGAAGGACUACAUCUGCCUGAAUUGUCUACAAAAGAAGGACUACACCUGCCUGAAUUGUCUACAAAAGAAGGACUACAUCUGUCUGAAUUGUCUACAAAAGAAGGACUACAUCUGCCUGAACUGUAUACAAAAGAAGGACUACACCUGCCUGAACUGUAUACAAAAGAAGGACUACAUCUGCCUGAAUUGUCUACAAAAGAAGGACUACACCUGCCUGAAUUGUCUACAAAAGAAGGACUAUACCUGCCUGAAUUGUCUACAAAAGAAGGACUACAUCUGCCUGAAUUGUCUACAAAAGAAGGACUACAUCUGCCUGAAUUGUCUAUAAAAGAAGGACUACACCUGCCUGAAUUGUAUACAAAAGAAGGACUACAUCUGCCUGAAUUGUAUACAAAAGAAGGACUACAUCUGUUUUUCGACAAUCAUUAUACAUCAGUCAGCUUGUUUUCUUUCGUACAUAAUAUAGCUAGAACUCCGAGGAAAUCAAACGGUGCUCCAACAUCUCCCCAAAGAUGA